AAGAGAUUUAAGUGCACAUGAUUAAAAAUUGAUGACGCAUGAUGAGUGCAUUGAUCAAACUUGAAGAAUAUGUUCUCCGUGAAAAUGUACCCAUGUUGAUAUCAAAUAACAAUGUGUGUGUUGAUCUACAAGGGGCAAAGUUAUAUAGGUGAACACACAGACUCAUCCUUGGACCCCUGACUCCCUGGAGGAAAUCAGGUUCAAGUUUUCCAGCCUCACCCUGGGUGCUUCUCACGCUCUGGAAUGAGUAAAUUCCUCCAUCUGUGAUGUUGUUGCGGAAGGGGACAGGCCUGUGUAUCUGUGUGAAGAUUGUAGGUGUGUGCUCUGGAAGGCUGGAGCCUGAUCUGCCUUAAAUGCAGAUGCCCUUAGGAUGGAGCAUGGGCUUGAGCCUGGGAGAAAGCCCUGCCCAGGGAAAGAGCUGAAGGCCAAGGACCUGUCACUCCGUCCUUGCUCAACACUGUCUCCUCCCCAUCUUCUUCCAUUUCAGGUCCCAGGUGUAGCACUGAGAGAACUAGUCCAGUCAGGCAGCUGGAGACCUAGGGUGACCAUCUUGCACAUCCUUGCUGUCACAAGUAAGGAUUUCAACUGCUCUGACUGGCUGUGUGGACCAAACAUUCAUCUGCCUCCAGACUGCCUGGUGGCUCUGCCUCCACUCCCGUCCCUCUUCCUGAAGUGGCUUCUUGGACUCUGAGAGGACAUUCACUUAGACUUCCAGAAGCUGGAGCAAGGACAUGGACUCACUUGUCAUUGAGGAUGUGGCUGUGGACUUUACUCAGGAAGAGUGGACUUUGCUGGAUCUUCCUCAGAGGAAACUCUACAGAGAUGUGAUGAUGGAAACCUUGAGAAACCUGGCCUCAGUCGUUUCUCAAGACCUUAGUAGUGGAGAAAAAUUAUCUAGUGAACAUAUUACAGAGAAAAUCAUGAAGAGAAAUACCUGGUUAUCUGUGUUAGGAGAAAUCGGCAAAUUGCAUGGCAUUGAAGAUCAACAUAAAAACCAGGGGAGACAUAUGAGACGGCAUUUGGUGGAGAACCUUUGUGAAAGUAACAAAGGCAGUCAGUGUGGAAAAACCUUGAGCCAGAUUCCAGCUCAUACUGUGCUCAAAACAACUACUCCUGAAUUAAAUCCUUCUGAAUGCUAUGAGUAUGGAAAAGCCUUCAUGAAUCGUUCAUCACUUAAGCAUCAUGUCCCAUCUCACACUGGAUGCAGUGCCUGUCAGUGUAAGGAAUGUGGAGAAUCCUGCAGUUGUCCCUCUUACCUACACACUCCUGUGAGAACUCUUGAUAAGAAACCCUGUAGAGAAUGUGGGAAAGAUUUCGUUUGUAUCUCAACUCCUACGAACCAUGUGACAACACUCACUGGAGAGAAACCGUAUGAAUGUAAUGAACGUGGGGAAGAUUUCUGUAGUUUCUCAUCCUUUAGGACACACGUGAGAGGUCAUAAGCGUAAAUGUAAAAAAUAUUGGAAAACCUAUACUCGUCCCUCAACCGUCACUUUUUGUCAGAAAUUUCAUAGUGGAGAGUGGUCUUAUGAAUGUAAAGAAUGUUGGAAAGCUCUCAGUUGUGCUGCAUCCCUCACAGAACACGUAAGAAAUCAGACUGGAGAAAAACCUUUUGAAUAUACAGAAUUUUCAAAAUCUUUUAAUCAGUCCCCAAAACUCACUAAUCAAAUAAGUGCUCAUAGUGGAAAAAAGUCAUAUGAAUGUAAGCAAUGUGGAAAAGUCUUUAGUCAGUCCUCACACCUCACUAGACAUAGAAGAAUUCACAGUGGAGAGAAGCCUUAUGAAUGUAAGGAAUGUGGGAAAUCCUUCAGUCAGUCCUCUUCCCUCACUAAACAUGUAAGAACUCACAGUGGAGAGAGGCCAUUUGAAUGUAAGGAAUGUGGGAAAACCUUUAAUCGUUCCGCAUCCCUCACUGUACAUUUAAGAACUCACAGUGGAGAGAGGCCUUAUGAAUGUAAGCAAUGUGGGAAAGCCUUUAGUCGAUCCUCAAACCUCAUUAAACAUAUAAGAACUCACACUGGAGAUAAGCCCUAUGAAUGUAAGGAAUGUGGUAAAGCCUUUACUUGUUCCACAUCCCUCACUAAACAUUUAAGAAUUCACACUGGAGAGAAGCCUUAUGAAUGUAAAGAAUGUGGGAAAAUCUUUUGUUAUUCCUUCUCCCUCACUAGCCAUAAAAAAACACACAGUGGAGAAAAGUCUUAUGAAUGUAAGCAAUGUGGGAAAGCCUUUAGUCAGUCCUCAUCCCUCAUUAGCCAUAUAAGAACUCAUAGUGGAGAAAAGCCUUAUGAAUGUCAGGAAUGUGGGAAAGCCUUUAGUCAUUCCUCGUCUCUCACUAACCAUAUACGAACUCACAGUGGAGAGAAGCCUUAUGAAUGUCAGGAAUGUGGGAAAGCCUUUGGUCAGCCCUCAUCCUUCAGUAAACAUAUAAGAAUUCACAAUGGCUAGAGGCCCUAUGAAUGUCAGGAAUGUGGGAAAGCCUUUAGUCAGUCGUCAUCCCUCACUACACAUAUAAGAACUCACAGUAGAGAGAAGUCUUUAUGAAUGUGAGGAAUGUGGGAAAGCCCUUCAUCAUUCCUCAUCCCUCUAUCCAUAUAAGAACACACAGUGGAGAGAAGCCUUUUGAAUAUCAGAAAUAUGAGAAAGCAUUUAGUAAGUUGGCACACGUGACUAACCAUUGAACAGCUCAGUGGAGAGAAACCUUAUGAGUAUUCAGAAUCGGGGAAAAAUUUAGUAAGUUGGCACACCUUGCUAACCAUUUAACAUUUCACAGUGGAAAGAGGCCUUCUGAGUAUAAGUAAUGUGGUAAAACCUUUAGUCCUCAAAGCUCAUUAAACACACAGUACUCACAAUGAAAAGAUACCUUAUGAAUGUAAGAAUUGUGUGACUAGUUCUUCACCCCUCAUUUCAUGUCUAAGAACUCACAGUGGAGAGAGAGCUUAUGAAUGUAAGGAAUACAGAAAAGCCUAGUUACUAUUUCUGUAAACAUAACUCAUGGUGGAGUCUAUGAAUGUAAGGAACAUAGGAAAGUUUUCAGAUGUCCCUCAUCCUUUAGAACACAUAUAAGUGUAUUGGAAAGAAACAAUAUAUCUAAUCAAUGUUCGGUAGGUUUCAUUCUUUAUCUUUUUACAACUCUUGGUAUUUUAUUUCCUUUCACACUUCUUGUAUGAAAACCAAUAUUUUUAACAGAAUCAGAAUUAUACUGUAUGAUAGUGUUGUAGUAGGCAUGUUUUAUAUUACAUCUCAUUUAUUUUCCCUGCUACUAUCAUGAUUCCUCGUUUACUGAUGAAGGAACUGCAGAGAAAGUUUUAAACCAAAUCAACUCACAGAAGUACCACUCUCUCAAAUGAUGGUAGGAAAAGCAGGGUUUACAUGGAAGGAUGGAUGAUUCUGAGGGCCGAACGCGAUGGUGUGCCAGCACAGAGCCUAUCCUGACACAACUGCAGUGGAGCUUGCAUUCUGCAUAGGCACAGAGCUUAUUCUUAUUGACAGAGUCUGGUUUUGGUAAUUCUGACAAAAAGUGUACGCUGGGCCAGGAUGUGAAGCUGCAGUUGCUGGGCUGAGCUGGAAUAGGGACUGCUGCUCCACCUGGUGUACACACCCAUGCAGGGUUGGUCCAUCUAGGUUCCCUGUAUUAGUGGGAACAUACAAGAGACUAUUGGUCCUGGAGGUUUAUCCAGCACCACUCUGUCCCACGCUGAACUGGGAGGUGCCUCACUGACUCCUCAUGUAAGGGGCUGGGAAAUGGUGACUGCAGUAGUAGAGGCCUUCAAAUUAGACCUUCCCUUGACUCAGCACCUCCUCUUGUAGAAUCAUCCUAUGGAAAUCCCUGGGUACUGUUAUAGUGUCUGUUGAUAGUAGUGAUAGAUAGUGGAUACCAUGAGAAUCAUUGUCUACCAAUAAGGGAAUCUGAUAAAUCCUUGCACACACGUUAGAAUAUUGAAGUGCUACUAAAUGAGUUCCAGAAAAGUUUAAACCAUAGCAGAGGUAUUUUUGGCAUAAUAUUUUGUGAAAAAAACAGGAUAUAAAAUAGUAUGUACAUGAUGACAGUUUGUAAACAUUUACACAUAAAUGUUUUACAUUUUAUAAAUGCCUACAAACCAGCUUAUAGAGAUAGUCCAUCCUAGAAUAUUAACAAGGAUUCUCCACCAAAGAUGAGAUUGUGAUUAAUUUCUUGUUUUGCUUCUCCCUACUUUUCACUUUUUUUACAUUCAUUGUUCAUUGCUUACGAGAUUUUUAAUCUUAUUUUUAAAAUUUGAAAACAGUAAUUCACUUUUGAAAUGUAUAGUUAUAUGAGGUUAAAAAUGUAUUAAGUCUGGUAGUCUAUAGCACAGUGAUACACAAUCGUAUCAUUAUUCCCUCCAAAACCUCCCUCAUGCCGCCCUUUUUUAGUCAGAACUUCCCCUUUCUGGGAAUCACUGGUGACUGUCCCUAUACAUAUUCACUACGUAAAUUUUUCAUUCUUGUUCCUUUCACUUCGAAUAAUACCUUCGAAAGUCAUCCUUGUUGAUCACUUAGAAUAAUACCUUUGAGAGUCAUCUUUGUUGAUGAGUAUCAAUAAUUCCUUUUUUGUAGUUUUCUGUUGUGUAGACAUACUACAGUUUGUAUAUUCGCCAUUGGGAGACAGUUGUGUUUCCAGUUUUUAUGAAUAAAGCUGAAAUAAAAUUGUACAGAUUUUUAUGUGAUCAUAAAGCUUUCAUUUUUCUCACAUAGAUACCUGGGAGUGGGAUUGCUGUCAUAUGUUAGGUGUAUGUUUAACUUUAUAAGAAACAGCAUGCUAAUAUGUUUUUUAAAAGUUCUGUGCCAUUUUGUAUUCUCUCCAGCAACAUGUAAUUAUGGUUGCUUCAGAGAUCUGGAGUGGCUGCUUUCUGAAGGAAUCUAGCACACUUCUGUUUGGCACUGGCGCCAGGGAAGGACACUCAGUGGGUGGCUCAUCUGACAGGGGGCCCCACAUUUGCUGAGGGGAGGGGGUGGCUUGAAGCAAUCUUGAUUAGACCACAGGUCCCUGUGUAUAGGGUUCCUGGCUAUGCCACCACUACCACUGCCAGCCUAGUCUGAGCCCAGGCCCCACCCAUUUGUGGAAGGAAAAUAACAAUUCUCAGCUCCCAGCCACAGGAAGUGGCCAUUGCUCCUCAUCACCACAUUCCUGAGGUCCUGAGCAUAGUCUGUCCUGGCGUGGAAUCCAGAAGUAGAUGUGCACAUCCGAGCUAGCGAGUCAGUUGGUAGUCUGCCCUCUUACCACUCACUCCAACCCUCAUGUCCGAAGUAAGUUUUCUCUAUGUAGCAGGCAGAGUCAACAUCACCAUGCAAGAGGAUAGGGAGGGUCCAAAGGUGGUGAUACAGGGUCACCGUUUGCUAGUCCUUAGCCAGUUCCUGGUUGCUCCAACCUCAGGUGCUCCAGAGCUGUGGCCCCCUCCAAGAGCUCAACUGUUCUGCCCACACCCACCCAGCCUGCAGCUCAUCCAGCCUUGCUGGGAUCAGGAUAGCCGCCUUGGGCUUGGGUCUCCAAGAGAUGUGUUGGGAAAAGCAGGCAGUGCUUUUUCAUCUGCUGGGUUCCAUCCUCCCAAAGCCUUCAAAGCAACAUUUGUGUCCUUUCUCCAGAAGGAAAAACCUUCUGCCUUUUGUGUGAAGGAGGCUGUGGCCCCAGUCUCAUCCUGUCCUCCUGGACCUGGUGAUUCUGGUGUGUUCCAGUCAAAACAGUGUCAUCUCUCUGGCUUUAGUUAUCGUUUAUUGAAGUUUGAUAAAUUUAUCCAGGUGGAAAGAUAAACUUUUCCAGGUUAUUAGGAAGCCUGUGUGUUGUAGUGCGAUUGGCUUGAUUCUGACUCAUAACGACCCUAUGUACAACAGAAUGAAACACUGCCCGGUCCUGUGCCAUCCUCAAUUGUUGCUAUGUUUGAGCCUGUGUAUGUAAUGUAAAUAAGUCCAUAAGUGUAUGAAUGAAGAUAAAUACAAAUCUACCAUGAAGAAAAGUUCUGCUCACCACUGUUCUCAUCUCCACCUCACCCCAGUUCCAGAGCCGUGAUUAUCCUACAUAGCUUUAAAUUAUGGGAGCCUCUAAGAAGAAAGACCAAGCAGGCUCAUCUAUUUUACUAGCAUUAGUUGGAAUUGAAUUUACCAUAAACAAAGUGAGUUUUCAUAGAUGGAAUUUCUCCCAUAUAUUUUUAAUUUCUUAGCUAAAGAAAAUCUGUACUUCCAGUAAAAGGAUCACCCAUAACACAUGACCUAGACUUACCAACUAUUAAGAUAUUGCCUUAUUUAUCCAUAUAUAUAAAUACAUGAUUGCAAUGAAACAUUUAAAUGGUCAAAAACGAACAAAACGAAUCUCCAUUGUCCCACAAAAGACAGAAAAUUUCUCCAGUUGUCCAAAAAUAUCUGUUACAGUAGUUGGGUUUUUUAAAGCUAGGAUCCAAACAAGAUUUGGACAUUGCUUUUUUAUUUUUUGAUCUCUUUAAUCUGUCUUACAUACUACAUUCACCUGCAGGUUUUUUUCUCUUUUUGUUGUUUUAUAACCAUAUAUAACAAUGUCAAUUCAACAUUUUCACCUGUACAAUUCAGUGACACCAAUUAUAUCAAUACUGUUGUGCAAACAUCACCAUAUCCUUUGCCAAAUUUCCACAUCCUAAAAUCUCAAUGCGUUAUAAACAACGAUGCUUCCUUUCCCCCUUACUGUGACUCCUGGUAACCAUUAUUGAACUUUGAUGUCUGUACUUUGCCUAUUCUAGGUAUUUCAUAUAAGUGAGAUUAUACAAGUUUUGUCCUUUUGUGAUUGAUUUACCUAACUGAACACAAUGUUUUCUAAAGUUCAUCGAUGUUAAUAACAUGUAUAAGGACGUCAUUUCUCUUCAUGAGUAGUAUCCCAUUUUAUGUAUGUACAUUUUUAUUCAUUCAUCCACUGAUGGACAUUUAGGUUGUUCCCACCUUUUUGCUAUUGUGAACAGUGUUGCAGAGAACAUUGGUGUACAUGUAUCUGCAUUGCUUCUUUCAAGUCUCCUGAGUAUAUACCUAGUAGUGUAAUUGCUGAGUCAUGUGGUAGCUCUAUGUUUAACUUUUUGAGGAAGGCCUGCGAUGCAGUGAAUUACUUAAUAUGCCCCUUCUAUUCAUAGUCUGUGACUCCCACAUAAUGAUUGGGUGGGACUAUUCAAAUAAGGUGCUUGUGGCCCACGAAGGGGAUUGGACAGCUUCCUGCUAAUGCAAAGAAGGUACAUGGAACCUCUGGGGGUGGGACCAUGCACAUAAGGUGUCUGGGACCCUAAGGAGGGGAUUGGUCAGUUUGCCAUCCCACUAGGGUUAAAGUCAAUCCCAGAGCAGAGGGGCUCCUGACUACCACCAACAAAAAGAGGAGCAGAGCACAUCCUUUGGACCCAGGAGCCCUACGCUGAGACCGUGCUAGACCCACGAUUCAGCUGUAACACCUAAGAUGGUGAGGAGCAGACGCAGAGAAAUGGCAGCAGCAGGGGCAAUAGAACCAGAAGACCAGCAGGAGAUGGUACAGUGAGAUUCUCAGCCCAUGGAGCGAGAGAGCUGUCUUCAGGCAGGAGGCUUGCUGGCAGAGUGGGGUGCCUCUGGGCACUUAUUAGCAAGCUAAAGAGCUUGGUAACACAUUUCCGAGCAGGGCAGAGGCUGGGCUGAGUGGCCGAGGGCUAGAGAGAGGCCCGCCUGCAGGCACGGCUGAGAAAAAACUGUACUGAUCGAAAAACUGUAGUCUCAAUCAUUUCUGAUCCUGAAUUGUAACCUACUACUUCCCUAAUAAACCCAUAAUCAUGACUAUUGUCUGUGAGUUCUGGGUGACCACUGCAAUGAGUUAAUGAACUGAGCAGAGAAGUAAAGUAUGCCAUGGGCAAGCGGCUGGUGUCAGAAUUGGUAAAAUGGUCGGAGAGAGGAGAUAUGUCUGACCGCUGCUUCUUAGGAAUCAGCUUCCGGCUGACGGUGAUGGUGAUUCUCUCUCCCCCUUGUGAAGCUAGAGAAGGUCAGAUGCCACCCCUAUGCUGUUUUUCCAACCGCCAAAUUGUUUUCCACAGCACCUCUACCAGUUUGCAUUUCUACUAGUAAUAGACAAGGGUUCCAGUUUCUCUUGUUUUUCCAUUUUUAUAAUCUUAGCCUCCUAGUGGGGAUGAAGUGGUAUCUCAUUUUUUGUUGUUGGUUUUGUUUUCUUUUUUGAGGCCGGCUUUUUUUUUUUAAUUGUUUAAGUAUAUAUAUAAUACAACAUAUACCAAUUCAUCAUUUCUCAGGUGUGCCAUUUAGUGAUACAAAUUACAUUAAUUAUGUUGUGCAAAGAUGAACCAUAGUCGUUGACAAAUUUCCCAUCAGCAUAAACAGAAACUCACAGCUUCCUAAACAAUGACUCCUCUUUGCCCUGUCCCUCU